CAGUUGUCGCCGCCUCCACCAGGAACCAAAUAAGGAAAUGACGUCAUCCUUGGUCCCAAAUAGGACCCCGCCGCUCGGACGCGUCGCGCCGGGCCCGGACUCAUGCGUCUGUCGGAGCGGAGCUGACACGAGACGAGGAGGAUGGGCGACAUCGCACGAGAUGAGUCGAGCUUCUACUCCAACGCCGAGGGCUACUGGAGGGACGUCCCCCCCACGGUGGAGGGGAUGUUGGGUGGCUACGGCAGCAUCUCCAGCAUCGACAUCAACGGUUCCAAGGCCUUUCUGCACAAGUUCCUCAGUGAGGCGGAGGGGAAGACGGGCUCGGGCUGCGCUCUGGACUGCGGCGCCGGCAUCGGGCGGAUCAGCAAGCGCCUGCUGCUGCCGCUGUUCCGCACCGUGGACCUGGUGGACGUGACGCAGGAGUUCCUGGACAAGGCCAAGUCGUACCUGGGGGAGGACGCCAAGCGGGUCGGGAACUUCUUCUGCAGCGGCCUGCAGGACUUCGUGCCCGAGAGCGGACGCUACGACGUCAUCUGGAUCCAGUGGGUCAUCGGUCACCUGACCGACGACCACCUGGUGGAGUUCCUGCGUCGCUGUCAGAACGCCCUUCGGCCCGGCGGCCUCGUCAUCAUCAAGGACAACGUGUCAUACGAGGGCGUCGUCCCCGACGAGGUGGACAGCAGCGUCUGCCGCGACCUGGAGAUACUUCACGGUCUGGCGAGCAGAGCCGGUCUCCGCGUCGUGCACGAGGAGCAACAGAUGAACUUCCCCAAGGAGAUCUUCCAAGUGCACACGAUCGCUCUCCGAUAAGAGGAACGUUCCCGCCGUGCGACGGGACGACGACGCGCGUCCUUGUUUACAAAGUGUUUCUAAUCUGGCGAGUCUGUAUUUAUUCUAGUCUGUGUGGUUGUGAUGUGUAUGUGCUUCUGUUCGUCGCCAAGUGCUUGGAGCCGAGAUGCCUCUUCAGGAAGUUGGUUACAGUCUCUUCUAACCUCAGUCCGUCUCCAACUCAACGCUUCCUGUUUGUGGACGUGCACGGUCGACCAAUAGGAACCGUGAUGCUCUUAGUUUGGAAUCAGAUUCAAACUUUACUCGACCACGUGACGACCAACACAUCCUGUUCUGGAGCGUCUUCAGUCUGUGGGAACAAACACCACACUGAUGAUUAUUAUCUGUACUUCCUGUCAGGUGACCCACAGGUGAGCAAACAAGAUUAGUCGACAACAUGAAUCGUACAAGUAUUUUGAUAAUCAAGACCGACGCUCACCUGCUGUUUUUCCUUUUUCAAAGAUCGUCGAUUGAAAAUUUGUAAAAAAAAAUAUCAUGUUUUGCUUUUUCCAGAUUCGCGUCUUUACCUCAAACAAGGAGAAACUUUGGUCAGACGAGAUAUUUAAAAUCGUCUCUUUGGUCUUUUAAGGACAUUUCUAAGAUUAAAACUAAAUUAAUAGAAAAAUAUAAUCUUCUCAUUUAAUUAAUAAUAGAAAAAAGUUGCAGCCUUGAAACAGAGCAGUGACGCUCCAUCACAGGAGCAUUGAGGUAAAUCAUAAAUAGGGAAGUUUCGUUGUAAAGAGAGAAACAUCAGUGAUUUUUAAAUUCAUACAGACAUGUACGUACAUUAAAUAUUUAAUCUGGAAGAGUCGAGUGGAUUGACAGAUGUGGAGAUUUGACCUCAGCGACAGAAGAACCGGCUGAAACCAGGUGGACGUGGUGGACCCAGAUUCCACACGGCUGCAUCAUAUUCAUAUUCUGUAUCUGGACGCACCCGACAUGUUUUAUACGUUUUAACCGGAUAUCUGUGAACUUGGAUGUGACGACUGAACUUUUACUGUAUUUGUGUGUUUGUUGGAGUAGAAACAGUUGAACAUGUUCAGUGUGAACAGUCACUUUGUUGGUGAAGAUUCUCGCUGCUCUGGAUGUUGGAAGAUUCCAGUCUGAAUAAAAUAUUCCUCUCUCUUA